GAGAUUCAGACAUGGACAGUAGCUGCCACAACGCGACUGCCAAAAUGUUAGCGACUGCUCCGGUCCGGGGCAACGUGAUGAGCACCUCCAAACCCUUGGCUUUCUCCAUCGAACGGAUCAUGGCGCGCACCCCUGAACCCAAGACUCUGCCGGUCCCCCACUUCCUGCAGGGAACCUUGCCCAAGGGGGAUCCCAAGCACUCUCUGCAUCUUAACUCGUCGAUCCCCUGCAUGAUCCCCUUCGUGCCCGUGGCGUACGACACGAGUCCCAAGGCUGGGAUGACGGGCUCUGAGCCACGGAAGGCGAAUCUGGAGGCCCCUGUGCCUGCAGCCGCGUCCGCAGCUCCCGCGUUCAGCUGCAGCGACCUGCUCAACUGCGCGCUGAGUCUCAAGAGCGACCUGGCCCGCGACGCGCUGCCGCUGCAGCAGUACAAGCUGGUGAGGCCGCGUGUGGUCAACCAUUCCUCGUUCCACGCCAUGGGAGCCCUGUGCUACCUGAAUCGAGGUGACGGUCCAUGCCACCCCGCGGCCGGCGUUAACAUCCACCCAGUGGCCUCCUACUUCCUCAGCUCUCCAUUGCAUCCGCAGCCAAAAACGUAUUUAGCCGAAAGGAAUAAACUGGUGGUCCCGGCGGUGGAGAAGUACCCCUCGGGGGUAGCUUUCAAAGACUUGUCCCAGGCUCAACUGCAACAUUACAUGAAAGAAAGCGCCCAGCUUCUGUCGGAAAAAAUUGCUUUCAAAACCUCUGACUUCAGCCGAGGCUCCCCAAAUACCAAGCCCAAAGUUUUCACUUGCGAAGUGUGUGGAAAGGUUUUUAAUGCGCACUAUAACUUAACUCGUCACAUGCCGGUGCACACAGGAGCAAGACCCUUCGUUUGCAAAGUGUGUGGAAAGGGCUUCAGGCAAGCCAGCACCCUGUGCAGACAUAAGAUCAUUCACACUCAGGAGAAACCUCACAAAUGUAACCAGUGUGGUAAAGCAUUCAAUAGGAGUUCCACUUUAAACACACAUACUCGGAUACAUGCAGGCUACAAACCUUUUGUGUGUGAAUUCUGUGGCAAAGGAUUUCACCAAAAAGGGAAUUACAAAAACCACAAGCUGACCCACAGCGGGGAGAAGCAGUUCAAGUGCAAUAUCUGCAACAAGGCUUUCCACCAGGUUUAUAACCUCACCUUCCACAUGCACACCCAUAACGACAAGAAGCCCUUCACCUGUCCUACCUGCGGCAAGGGCUUCUGCAGGAACUUUGAUCUCAAGAAGCACGUCCGCAAGCUACACGACAGCAGCCUGGGGUUGACCCGCGCUACUGCUGGGGAGCCGGUCGCAGACCAGCCGCUGGCUCUGCAGCAGCCGCCGCCGCCCGCGACACUGCCUUCUCUGGCUCCUCCGCUGCCGCCCCCUGGGCCUCUGCAGCCCGGGCUCCACCAGGGCCACCAGUGAUAAACGCCAAAGUUCUUUCCCUCGACCUAGCCGGCUCCCCACUACUGAGGCAGUGGUAGAAUAGAGCUGGACCUUCUUGCUCAAGCUUAUCGACAGAACCCAGGGCAUGUUGGGCUCCACACUUUAGCGCCAAGCAGAAGCCUCUGCAUUCCUGGCCUUUAGCCUCUUGCAUGCACCUGCUAAGUGGUUUUGUGUAUUAUAUACUCUAUAUAGGCACUAACAAUCAUGAGGAAAAUU